AUGGGAAGCGGCGAAAUGGGAUUAAUUGGAGGAGCUUUGGGAAGGAGCGAAAUGGGAAGGGGCGAUAUGGGAAUAAACCCUACUAACCCUAGUUUUUUAGCCAGUUUUCUCUAUUGUAGUACUAAUUCUGCUAGAUUGAUGAUAAUGAGAUCAGCCUAUGAGAAUUCUUCCGAUUAUAUCAACGCAGUUUAUCUUCCGAUUCUAUCGUUUCGUUUUGGCCCCCAGAGUUACAAGAAAAAAAGAGGUUAUAUUGCUACUCAAACACCUCUACCAAAUACAGUAGAAGAUUUCUGGUUAAUGGUUUUAAACUCAGAAACAAAAGUGAUCAUAGCUUUAGAUGACAAAAAGGAAAAUAAUGUUGGUGAAUAUAUACCUAAAACAGAAAUAAAGUAUGGUGAAGUGAUGAUAAAACGAGGAAAAGAAGAUAAAAAUAGUCAUGGCUAUUAUGAUGUUAUUUCCUGUGAAAUAUCUCAAGAAUCAAGAAAUGGGUCUCGUACGUAUUCUAAAAAGUACCAACAAAAAUAUUCAGUCUUUAUGGGAUUUUAA